AGACCGAAUCGAGAAAACGACUCGGAACCGAACCACGCACAAACAAAACACACAACAAACAAGCCAUGAAGCACCGAGCGGACGGCGGCGGCGACGCGAGCUCCAAGCUCUACGGGAGCUUUCCCGCGGCGGAGGAUCCCGGCGCGAACCUUUCCGCAGACGCACCAGCGGGUCCCGCCGGUGCCGGAUCCUUCCGCGGGGGGGCCAACCCGAUCCCGCCGCCGAACGCGAGGCCCCCCUCCUAUCGAAAGAUUGAACGGGGCAGCGGCGAGGGCAGCGGCGACAACGACAACGACGACGACGACGACGACGGCGACGAAAGGGUGUGCCGGAUCUGCCUGGAGGAAGACAGCCCCGAAACCAUGAUUGCACCCUGCCGCUGCAAGGGCUCGAGCAGGUGGGUCCACCGCGAGUGCCUGGACGAGUGGCGGACCAACGAGAGAGACCGUGCCUUUUCCAGGUGCACGGAGUGCCUCUUCGAGUACCACCUGGAGCCCGUCUUCGGGGGGGAGAACGAGAGCGAGAACGACAACGACAACGAGAGCGGGAACGACGGCUGCGGACCGAUCGGCGGGUGCUGCGGCCGGCAGAAGCGCCGCCGGUGCCUCUUCUACUGGAUGGUGUCCAGGGACGUCUGCACCGGGAUCCUUCUGCAGCAGCUCGUGGUCGUCCUCCUGGGAGCAAUCGUCCGGGCGUGCGACGGGGACCGGCGGCUUCCGGAGCUGGUUUCGCCGUCUCUCGCGGAACGAAGCGCGCCGGCCCCUUCGUAUUGGUAUUAUUACUACGGAUUCGGCUGGCUUGCCUUUCUGAUCGCCACCGGCGUCUGUGGAUUGGUCGUCCUGUGCACGAAUGGGUGCAACCUGAAACGAGCCAUCCCCCGGGUCGGGCCGCCAUCGGAAGCGGACGGAGAGGCAGCGGUCGCGGGACGAGAACGAGAACGAGAACGGAGCCGCCACGAACGGUCGGAUUUCCGUCGCACCGGAAACUUUUAUCACUCGGGCACGAAUUACAACUAUACACGAGUCGAUAGCGAGAACGACUACUUUUAUCCCCAACAACAACAACAACAACAACAACAGUGGCGGCAGCGACAGCGGGAGCACGAGAGACAGCGCAGGUAUGCCGCAUCACCGUCCACUCAAUACUACCGUCGUGCUCGGCGGCGCCACCGUCAUUAUCGUCGCCGCCGUCGUUACUGCGACGAUUACGAUGACUACUACUGCUAUUACGGUCCGGCCUAUCAUCCCGUUUACGUGUACCCAACCGGAAGCAACGAUUGCUGCUGCUGCUGCGAUUCUCGUGGACCCUCCGUCGAUGUCAACAACAUUCCAAGCGGCGGUGGAUGUUGCGACUGUGAUUUUGGCGGUUGCAUGAGGGACGUUCACAGAAGCACCCGGAGCGGCAGCAACAGCAGCAACGGCGACGGCAACGACGCGAAGCACGUGCUCUUGGUGGUGCUGCUGGUUGUCGCCAUCGUUAUGGCCAUUGUUGGAUUCUUUGUGGGGGUCCUCGUGGUUGUGGUUGCGAUCCAAAGAAUCGUUGCCCGCCACGUUCACCUGCUACAGAAACGGCAGCUGGUCCAAGAAUAUCGGGUCGUGGACCUACAAGACUACGAUCUAGACACGCCGGUGACUACGGCGCCGGCGGAAGGCGAGGCACCAGCGGGAACCGCGGGCACCGGCAGUCCAGAAGGCUUCGAAUCUACCGGUGUGGAGGGCGGUGCGGCUCCCCCGGCAGGCACCGUCGGGCACCCACCGCCGUCGGCACCCGUCAUGACCGAGGAAGAGGCCGAAUACCUUCGGAAACUAGGCUUGAUGGAUCGUCGUCGUUAGUACGGUUGCACUAGUAGCAACUUGUAGUACUGUAUCAUACAACAAGAAAACCACAGGUCGGCA